AUGGCUCCUCCAGCCGGGGCGGGGACGGAGGGGAGGCCGGCGCGGCGGCGCGGCGCGGGAACCGGCACGGGCACCAGCCCCGGACGCAACAAGGUGUGGGUCGAGCCGCCGGGCAAGAGCCACCACCAGACCCCCGCGCGGUCGCCGCCCCCGGCCCCAUCCCCGGCGGCGGCGGCGGCCAAGAGGGUGGCCGUGGUGUACUACCUCUGCCGCAACCGCCACCUGGAGCACCCGCACUUCAUCGAGGUGCCGCUCGCCGCCCCGGAGGAAGGUCUCUACCUGCGAGAUGUGAUUAACCGCCUCAACGUUCUGCGGGGGAAGGGCAUGGCCUCCAUGUAUUCCUGGUCCUGCAAGAGGAGCUACAAGAACGGCUUCGUGUGGCACGACCUGUCCGACGACGAUCUGGUGCUCCCCGCGCAGGGCAACGAGUACAUCCUCAAGGGCUCCGAGCUCCUUGACCGCUCGCCGCCGCCAGGUCGGCAGCAGAAUGGCGUCAGCAACCCAAAGGUGGAAGGCCUGAAGCACUGCAAGGAAGAGUCCCCUCAGUCGCGGGGCUCGCAGGAAGGAUGCUCGUCGUCGUCGUCGCCGUCCGCCGCUGUCAAGGAGAUCUCACCUCCGCCUGCCACUCCACGGCCACAGCAGCAGGUGCAAUCAGCAGCACUGCCGUCGUCGUCGGCUUCCACCAACCACGAGGAUGAACUGUGCCGGACCGCGCAAUCAGGCUCGUCCGGCAACCAGUCCCCUGAGCCUGCUGGGAGAAACGCUCCACUGUCAGAGGCAAGCUCCCCAGGACCUUCGGAGUACAGAGUCUGCAGACCCAUCGGGGCUCAGGAUGCGGCCACACAAACAGAUGAUAGCGAGAGGGAUGUUGCUGAACACCAUACUCGUGUGGUGGGGGUGUCCAUGGAUACAACGUCGGAUGCUGAGAUUCAGGAAUGUCAUCAGAGGAGCUCGAUGCUGUCACCGAAGGUACCUGAGAUUGUUCAGGAGUCACCGGCCGUGUGUUCCUCUGAUGCUUCGCCUGGUGGCAGAGUUGAGACCUUGGAGUCCCUGAUAAGAGCAGAAGCCAGCAGGAGAAGUAGCUUUAGGACGCUAGAGGAGGAACACAUGCUUGGCCCGAUGGGUGUGAAACUGAAGCCAGCCAAUUUGCUAAUGCAGAUUAUCACUUGUGGGUCUAUAUCUGUGAAAGAACACCGAGGCUUUGGGUUCAUCCCAUCGUACAGGCCUCGGUUUACACAGGUUGAGUUCCCUUCUCCAGUGUUCUCCACUCCUGUGGCAUUGCGACACCUUGACCAAAUCCCUUGUAAUACAAGAACAGUUGGGUUGAGAGCUCCAGAGUCUGAAUGUUUCAGUGGGAGCUUGGUUGAGACCAAGAAGCAGGACGAAUCUGGGAGAGGAAUCAGCUCACUCAAACGCUCAUCAUCUUAUGACGAGGAUAGAGUUUAUAGAGCAGCACAUUCCAAAAGUGAUACAGAAAGCUCUUGCGAGUCAGAGUAUGUAUGUACUCCUAUGUAUGUUGUGUGUUGCCGUCUGAAGCAUAAGCACCAAGCGAGGGAAGAAACAGGCGCUGUAUAUGCUUGCUUCCAGUUGUACAUGGCAAAGAGUUGCACAACUGACACACAGAGGUCUCGACAAUGCAAUGCUAGAGAUAUUUUCAAUGUGGCAGGAGACCCUUACGCGGUCACCCCAUACCCGACGGCUGCCGGCUCGGGCAGUCCGCAAUCGGUCGGGCGCGGGGACGCCUCGAGCGGUCGAGCCCUCGACCUCUUCGUCUCGGUGUGGAUCCGUGCUCACCUCAGGGUGCUCCGUGCUCGAGGCUCGAUCCCACCCAGGCACCCACCGACGGCCGCCUCGGCGCCUUGCCGCCUUGGCCACUGCCCGCCGCCCAUAAGGCAAGCACAUGAGGUGCCGGCGGCCAGCGCCCCACCCAGUCUUGUAGCGUCGCGGCGCGUGCUUUCAGCGAGGGUCAGCAUGGGUCAUUCGUCAGCGCACCCCAGCAUGGGGCCGGAGCCAGAGGGCGAAGGUAGUACGGUGGCAGCGAGCACGACGAUGCUCGGUGGCAAGCGAGCCCGUGGGGUGCGGUACUACGGACCUACGGUGGCGUACCGCUUCCCUGGAUCUCGAAUUUCAUGCGUCAUCUAA